GACAUUGGGUUUCCAGGUUUGCUGCAGUCUGCGGCAGGGAAUUUACUCCACGUAAUACCACAUGAUGUUGGAUUGUGACAGCUGCGGGCUUCCCACACUUCGGAAGCCGAAGAUGAACUCGCACCAUAAGCUUCAGUUUGACUCCUUUCCUCUAUAUUUCCCUCCCCCGGCAUCGUAAGGAUGUUUUCGAUAUGGGCUCUCGUAGGGUUCAUCCUGGUGGUCUCCAUUUUACGAAGGGCGUAUCGUAUCUAUGCCGCAAUUCAGAAUUGACCAUUCGCUGGUACAGUCUCUGAGAGGCGUACCUGUCUACUACAUCCUUGUCGACCCACUUACCCCACUUGCAAAUCUCUUGCCAAACGGACGUUGGAAUCCUGGAGUGUAUCAAGCCUGGAAUGAAUCGGCUACCUUAUACACGAGUCGCAACACAAAUGUGAUACUUUACAUUCCACUCCUGUACGGUGACAUCGCUUUGCAUUGUGCUUCGCCAGAUGCGUUAAGGACGGUGCUCAAUGAUGCGUUCUUGUUCACGAAGCCACGCAAAGUCCUAGGACUGGAUUUCAUGGGCCCUAACCUCGUAGCAUCCACCGGAGAGCAGUGGCGCAGACAUCGCAAGAUAACUGCCCCAACUUUCGACAAUCAAACGUACAUGAAUGUCUGGGAAGUAACCGCGGGACUAUAUCAUCAAAUGCUAGAAAGCGAGGCCUGGAAGACGGGUGACCAACAUUAUUUCCCAGCUUUCAACACAUUUACUACUAGGCUUGCUCUACUCGUGAUUGCGGCAUGUGGAUUCAACAUGCACCUACGAUGGGACGAAUCGCCCACUCGAGAGUCGCUCUCCAAUCCUAUUGAUACUACCAUCAUUAUUGUUAGCACUUCUCUUCUGGAGAAGAUGGUACUCCCUAACUGGGUGUUCCGUCUGCCCAUCGAGGGACUCCGCCGCAUGAAGAUUGCCUUCGACGAUUUCCAGAAAUUCUUGGACGAUGAAGUCUCUGCCAAGAAACUCGAGCUUAAGAAUGACGUUCAUUUCGAUGGUUCUAUCAGUGACUCCAACAAGACGGUAUUCGGUCGUGUCGUUGCUGCCAGUCAACAGGAAGGAACGAAGGGGCUUGACCAACGAGAAAUCAUUGGCAACCUCUUUAUCUUCCUAUUCGCCGGGCAUGAGACAACAGCUCAUACCCUUGUUGUCACAUUGGCUAUGUUGGCACUUAACCCAGGGGAACAGGAGCGGGUGUAUCAGCAUAUCAAGUCUGUCUUGGGUGAUUCCGAACCAAAAUUCGACGAUUAUGGUGCACUUGCACCCGUUUUACAUUGCUUCUAUGAAGCACUCCGUCUUUAUCCUGCGGCCUUUCUCAUGGGUCGUGUCGCCACGGCAGAUACUAUGAUAUCAGCGUCAGGUCUCUUGCCUUCCAGUGAUACACUCGCAAUACCAAAAAACACGGAGAUCGUUCUAGAUAUGAUCGGCGCCUCUCGCCACGAAGAGACAUACGCAAACGCCACAGCGUACCUUCCGCGGCGUUGGGAAUCUUCUUCCGAUGCUGCAACUGCAGCUAUAGACAGCUUCCUGGGCUUUUCCACCGGUCCACGAGUAUGUUUAGGCAAGAAAUUUGCAACGGUGGAAGCCGUCUGUUUCCUUACACAUGUUCUCCGAGACUGGAAGGUGUUUGUCAAGUUCGAGAAGGGGGAAACUGCGGAAGGAUGGCAGAAGCGUAUGCUGAAUCCCAUUCUUGGAGCGACACUGAAGACAGGUGAUGUGCCGUUGUUGCUUACAAGACGGUCGGCAUUCGAGGCGUGAUCUAGUUGUAAUUACUUUUUGCUCCUCAUACUUCUUUUCUUGGACAGCGUCAUUAUCGCAGGGUUGGCAUUCGUCAUUAUAAUAUGCAAUUUGUGCUGAGGGAAAACACUUUGAAUUGGACAGCAAGAUACCAUCUCUAAUCCUAAAUAUACUACGGCGAGGAGAAAAACAACACUGGUUGGAUAUGUGCAUACACAGCAGAGACAACAAGCAAGCAAACUACCGUGAAAUCUUAUCAUGAUGAUGUGCUGCGACAAAUGGUGGAUGAAUAGCUGGACUUGAGGAUACAGAAAGUACGCGUGAAAGUCCUUAACGAUCGGCGAUGCGUCAGAAAAGAUCAGAACCAGGAAACAACUGCGACUCUUCUCCUUCUCCCUCGCUCUCGCUGCCAGGUAAUGCGGAUGAGUGCCGCAUGGUGCUCAUAUGUAAACUUUCAUUGGGGAGCUCUUUACUCUGAGCUCUCGAGUGAGAGACACGCUGUGAGCCUUGAGGACGUGCGCUGAUCUCAGGUGAAGAUGGAGCGGAAUAUGGAUCUAGAGGUGAGUCUUCGAAAGGGUCAGGCGUAGGUUCCCGAGGUAGAGGUGGUGCGACAAGCUGUUGCGUGCGACGCGGUUGGCCGUGGGGGGUCAGAGGAGGUUCUGGCGUCGUGUCGAAGAUCGAUUGCUGGGAUUUGCGUGGUGGAGGUGGCUGAGGACGAGAUGGUGGAGGAGCCUGGUGAGUUUGGGGCUGUCGGCGACUGGUUGAUUCAUAUUCAAACUGGUCAUGGUAUAUAUGUCAGAAACAAGAAUGAGACGCAGUAUCAUUGAAAUCGUACCGCGUUAAAGACCUCUUCUCGAUGUCUAGCCCCCGUGUCCUUCUCAAUGCAGUAGCAGAUAUACAAAGUGUCCGCACU